AUGCCGCGAUACUCUGUACCCACCGCGCUGCCAAUAGCGCUCGACGACGGUGACAUCUACCUCCAGUCCGUCGUUCAGGAUCCCCCAUCCCUGGCAUCCUCCUCACGCACCUGCCGAGGCCUUGCCAUCCUUGCCCAUCCGCUCGGUCGCCUUGGAGGUUCGCUUGACGACCCUGUCAUCACCCACCUCGCCUCUUUGCUCCUCACGCACGCCCAACUCCGUGUGGUCCGCUUCAACUCGCGCGGCGUCGGCAAGUCGGGCGGCUCCCCUAGCUGGACGGGCAGCUCCGAGUGCCGCGACUUUCAAGAGAUCCUCGCCAAAUGCAUCGACAACUUCUGCCUCGAUUUCCCGGACAGCACGGCAAGUCACCUCGUCGUUGCGGGGUACUCGGCCGGCGGGCUGUACGCGAGCACGGUCCGCGUACCCGCUGCGGUGUACGACCUAAAGCAGUUCAGGGGCGGGGGCAGGCCGCGGUACGUGCUGCUCAACUUUCCAGCGGGUGUGACGUGGGCGUUGAGCUUCUUUACGACAAGGACGUACACGAAUGCGCUCAAGGGAUUGUUGAGUAGCAAGGUGGUGCCUGGCGCAAGUGCGGGGCUGGUGAAGGACGAGGGUGAGGCGAAGGCCGCAGCCAGAGUAGCAGAGUCGACACCCGCGAACGACGGGGCUUUGCAAGCCGUGGCCAGCCACGUACUGGCUGUGUACGGUGAUCAGGAUCAAUUCACGGGGAUAGGGACGUACAACACCUGGACGAAGGAGUGCGGCUCGUUAGCGCCUCCACCACCAAGCACACUGGGCGGCUCCACAUUUCGUCAUGUUCUCAUCGAAGGCGCGGAUCACUUCUAUCGUUCCCAAAAGGCGAUGGAAGCGCUCGAAAGCGCGGUCGUGGAAUGGUACGAUGCAUUGACAGAUUAG